AAGUAUAUUGCAAAUUAUCUUCGUGGUUGCAUUUUGCGUUUUCUUAAUAUGCUUCUUAUUCUCAUUCGUAAUCUCAUCUUGGCUGGACAAAAGUAUUUUGUCAGAACUUCAAUUAAUUUGCAUUGAUCUGCUGUUGAUAGAAAGCGAAACCAUUAUUACGGAUUAUCUCAGUUUAGAGAUUGUUUAGAGAUUGAUAAAAAUAGUUUUCGUUCAAUAAUUCCGAAAGGAAUUUGGUGAAUCUCUUACUGCCAAGGUAGACACUUUUAAUUUGCGACAAUUUAAGCAGGAUGUCUUGAGAACUCCUCGAUCGGUUGCCAAUGACUUGAAGGAAACAGGAAAACUUGAUGUCAGUGAACGGGCAAUACGCAGACGUCUUAAGGAAACUGAUUUUGGAACAUAUAUUACCAGAGCUAUACUGCAACACAGUGCAAUAAGUUAAAGCGCCUUGAGUUUUAAGAUCUGCACACGGCGGCGCAGCAACAGCCAAGACGGAGAAAACCAACAGUUUUAGCUACAAGCAGAUCAAUGAGUAACUAUAGAUACCAGAAUGAAGCUGGUGGUGGAGAGCGUGGCUACAGAGGUAUAGAGGUGCGCACAUUUGUCAGCACUUGCGUGAAGUACAUGAUCUUCAUGCUAAACUUCAUAUUCUGGCUUUUCGGUGGCCUUCUUCUGGGCAUCGGCAUCUACGCAUUCAAGGACAAGUGGGAACAGGCCAAUGGCGGAGUCAGGCUGGAAACCAUCUACGAUUGGAUACUCAACAUUUCGCUGGUGAUGAUCAUCACGGGAAUUGUCAUAUUUGUGGUAAGCUUUGCUGGCUGCCUCGGAGCGUUGCGCGAAAACACCUGCCUACUGAAGUUUUACUCCAUGUACCUGCUCCUUUUCUUUCUCAUGGAAAUGGCCAUUGCCAUCGUUUGCUUCGUCUUUCCGCAACUUAUGAACACAUUCCUGGAGAAGGAGUUCACAGAAACCAUUAUACACUCUUAUCGCGAUGAUCCCGAUCUGCAGAAUUUUGUAGACUUUGCCCAGCAAGAGUUCAAAUGCUGCGGACUUAGUAAUGCUGGCUACCAGGAUUGGGGUAAGAACGAGUACUUCAACUGCUCCUCACCGUCCGUGGAAAGGUGCGGGGUCCCCUAUAGCUGCUGCAUCAAUGCCACCGACAUCAGUUCGGGUCUAGUCAACAUUAUGUGCGGCUAUGGGGUGCAGGAGCACACUGUGGUAGCCGCCAGCAAGCUCAUCUGGACCAGCGCAUGCAUCGAAACCGUGCGCGUCUGGGCUGAACGCAACCUGUAUGUGAUUGCUGGUAUUGCCCUGGGCAUUGCUCUCAUCCAGCUCCUUGUCAUAUAUCUAGCCAAGACACUUGAGGGUCAAAUCGAGCUGCAGAAGUCGCGAUGGGCGAGUCUCGAGUCUCCAAUUUAUGAAUCUGGUGCACAUUCUUAGCCCACGAAAAUGUAUAUAUGUACAUAUGUAUACGAACAAAACCUAUACUCAUCGACAAUUGGACCAAGCAACGCCAUAUUAUGUGUGGUCUGUCUUUGUAUUGCUUAUGCGCAAUCUCUGAUGUACGUACGUAUUGUAUUUUAGGAUCCGUCAUGUGUUUAAUCCCGUAAAUAACACUCAGAAUACACUCGAGUGCGCAAGCACAACAUUUUCGACAUCUUUCCAAAGUAUCCUUCAAAACGAGAAGCAUUUAUUUAACAGCGAUCCAAUUGCAUUUCUUUUAGUGGAAAACAGUAUCCAGUGCUUUAGGCAGCCCACAA